UGACGGGCCUUAUCAGCCUCAGACAGCCCGCGGCAACCCAGCUUUGCCAGCGGCAAUGAUGGUGGCAAUGAACGCUUGGAAUGACGAAUCCCGAGGCCGCACUCGCCCAGCAAGCUCACGGGCCUAGCCUCGCAGGCAUCUUCAUGAACAUCAUGCUCUAUGGUGUUAUGCUAUCGCAGGCACUGUAUUAUUACACCACCUACAAGGACGAUUCCCGGCGGCUCAAAGCUUAUGUCGGGUUGUUGCUCAUGGCAGACACAUUGAAUUCGGUCUUCAAUAUGUGGUGGAUAUAUAAUGUGCUCGUUAAUAAGUUCGGUAAUCUUUCGAGUCGCUGUAUUUGCGUGUACUAGAACCUGACGCCGCUCAUUCUGUGUAGGCGAUGUUACAGCACUUCAAAAUGCGGACUGGCUGUUUGAAACAGGUAUGGUUCCCGUUGCAUUCGCCAGACAAGCCGUC